AUCCCUUAUUUUUCGGUUCCUUAUUUAGAUGAUCUUUAGAUUCUUAGCCACUCCUCCACCCUUUAAUUAGAUUGAUCAAUUACGCGACCGGAUCUUGACACCCAUGAGACCCGAUUACUUCUCUAAGUUUCCAAUUGAAGAAACCAUUCACGGGUUCUUCUUUUGAUGCGCUGAAGGUCGGUUCUUGAUACAUGAUAUGAUUUUCUUGGGUGACUUGAUGCGCCGCCGCUUGGCGUCUUUAUUGCAGCCUUGGCUGCGUAACGAACCGGAUUUGGAGCUGAAGUUGGGUUUUUUUUCGUCCCAUGGAACGGCUAAAGGUCUCGUAUUUGAUACUUCAGCUCUCAAUGGGUUGCUUGAUGAGUCGAGUAGCUGGUCAUUUGAGGAUGUCAGGAUAGAAGAGUUGAGUGCUAGAGUAUCUCUAUGGUCUGUUUCUGCAUUGGUCAUUGAAGUUCGUGGAUUCCAUGUUACUGUCUCUGCAAGGAAAUCGAAUCAAGAGACUUCUACUGAAAACACGCAUGAGGUGUUGGAAUCAUCACUUGUGAUGGAGAAGAAGAAGAUUCUUGAUGUUAUUGAUCCUCAGGGCAGUUCUUUGCAUGAUGUCUUAGCCAGGUUAUCAGAUACCGGAUCCUCGAGAAAUCAGAGAAGUUCUUUCCUUAAUCUUAUACUUGAAUACAGUCAAUUGAAGAUCCAUGAUAUUCAUUUGGGCAUACUGUAUCCACUUUCAAGUGAUUCACUAGGACUUUUAUGGGAUAUAAAAAGCCUUAACCUGUUCUCUUCAUCUACAAAGCGUGGGUGUUUUCUGGGAGGGCUUUCAAAGUCACUUUUUAUCCCUUUGAAUGAAAGCUCCUUCUGUCUUGACCUGAGAGGUUCUGCAAUCAGGCUGAAGAGUAGAGAUACAAUCAGUUCUGUGCUGUCUUGCAAAGACCUGCUCACAUCCAUUAGAUUGAAGGAUUCUCAGUUCACAGAUAUGCACAUUAAUGUCCCGGAAUUAGAUAUCUCAGUUUCUCCUGUGAAUCUUCCGAUGAUCUUAAACUGUUAUAAGUUGUCAUCCAAGGAACCCAGUGAUGCAAGAAAUGGUAGGAAACUGUGGAACAUAGUUGCUAGAAAAAUUAGAUAUCUAGUUCCAGCUACUGGAAUAUCUUUGCAAAAAUUGGUUGGCACUGUCCAUUUCUGGUUACAAUAUGUCAAGACAUACGAAAAUUUACUGACAAAUUUAGGGUACCCUAUGGAAGAGGCCAUGACAAGAUCUGUUGUUUUGAUUUCUCAGAAUGACUUGUUGUCAGAACUUGUCAGAAAUCAAUGGAAGACAAUAUCUGAAAUUGAAAAGAAGCUUCCUGUAGAAGCCAUUGUUCAGGGAAGGAAAAUUUCCUGUUACAGAGCAGCAUUGAGAAGUCAACAGUCAAGGGGCCUAUCUGAGGAAUCUCAUAGCAAUAGUCCUUUAAGAAAGUUUAGGAAGAUCCUUUCCAAAAUCACUAAAAUUAUUUGGAAUGUAUUGAGCAUAAUUUUCAACUCAUUAAUGUACUUCAUUUCACUAGUAUUUGUGCAUAACAGUAGAGAAAGUGAUGUGCAGCCUGGAGUUGUUUCACUGCAUUCCUACACUAGUUGCUUGAACAUGAGAAAGAUUUUAGUUCACAUUUCCACCUGUAUGGAGCCCCAAACUUUUGUUACUGGAAAUAAAGUCUCUGAUAAUGGGAUCCCAUCAUCAGAUUUUUGUGUUACACUUAGUGAGUUUUACUUGGCAUACACUGAAAGCUUAUGUAAAUGGUGUUUGUCUUUUUCCUGUGGAGAUCUUCAAAUUACAUCAUCAAAACCUACAGGUCAAGGUUCAAGGAAUAUUCGUACUGAUUCUAAAAGAGCCAACAAAAAUGAAAUUGAUGAUUUCAAGACUAUUCUAUGGAGUGAGCCUGCAAUGGUGCUUGAUUUUGCUCAACAUUCCAGUACUUCUGAUGAUGGCGAAAAUCCUACUAUAUCGUUAUGGAGAAUAUUGGCAGAAAUGAUGUCAAACUGGAAAAGAUGUUGCAGCAACGUUGAAGGAAGUAUAACCCACUAUGAGCAAGAUCCAUGGGUUACCUGUGAGAUUAAAAACUCUGUAACUGAUCUCAGUCUCAUGAGUGUUAGAUGUGGUUUCUGGAAAUGCAGUUUGAUGAUGGGUAAGUUAAACUUAAUUCUGGGAUAUGCAUCACUACUGUCUAUGGCUCUUCUUCUUCAACAGAUGCAACAUGCUUUUUGCUUAACUAAUAACAAUGACAGGAAAAAAUAUGCUCCAGUUAUUCCAGUGACUCAUAGAUUCUCAUCAGAUAUCACAUGGGAUAUGAAAGUGAAGUCAUAUACUAGCGGACUGAAGUUGAAAUUGCUUCACAUGCUUCCGGAAAAACACAUUCAACUGGCAGUUUUCAUAGUUGGUCCGCACCUGCAUAUAUCCCUAAGAAAAGAUGGUAUCCAUGAUGGAAAUGCAAGUUCAGAUCAUAUAGUUGCAAAGGAAGAAGAUCUUGAUCUUGAUUUUGAUGUUCACGACUUUGAGCUUGGUGCAUUACCGACCUUAGAUUCCAAAAUUGUAAGAUCCAUUAAGUUUCAAGGACUGAAUGGAGUAGAAUCAAAAUGUUGGAGGUGGAAAGAGCUUUCACUUACUGAAAUCCCUUUAACAGAUAAUGAUACACACAUUUGCCUGGGACAGAUUUUGCUUGAAGCUUACGUCAAGUUUAAUGGAGUAUCUGUAUACCUUGACUCGUCAACAGCAAAUCCAAGGAAUCGGAUUAUUGUGUUAAAUCCAAUGUCAAUCCAGUUGUCAUCUUUGAGGAAAGAAUUUCAUCCAUCUAACAUAGCAGUUAACAUACUUAAAUCAGAAUUGCGAGGGACAUUUGAAGGAGUUAGUGUGCUAUUAUGUAUCGAUGAGUUAUAUGUUUUGUUUAAGGUGAUGGCUCACUUAUUUUCUGCUGUUUUGGAUACUCAUUAUAGUUUUGCCUCAUUGGAAGAAGCAAAUCAUGGACAUGUAAAUCAAGAAUUUGUUUCAGAUGAUUCUGUUAAUUACGAGACAUCUACAAUUUGGGGAAGGGGGUUAUCAUUUUAUUUGGAGAGAUCACGUCUCUUCCUUGAUAUCAAAUUUGUACUGCAAUCAUCUACUUUAAUCCUUUGUAGCUCCAAGAAAAGAAGUGAUGCCAAGACUUCUGUGUUUACUUUUGAUGCUGAAAGGAGCAAAAAGUUAUCUAUUUAUGGUGUGCCUGACCAUGGAAUUCUCACUUCUGUGCGUCAGAUAUCCUUGCAAUUAUUCUGUGAAGAGCAGGAUGUGAAGUUUCAUAGUGAUCUUAAUGAAUUGCAGUCGUUAAUUUUCAUAGAUCAGAGUAAGAUUGGAAGUGCAGCUGAUGCACAUGAACUUGGAAAGAUAUUGGACUCUUUGAAUUGCUUGUAUGAAGCAUAUUUGCCUCAUUUUGCAUUCUCUUUGGAAUUAUCAUAUCUUCCGAAUGACAUAUGCUCAAGCAGUGGUAAUGCAGUCAAUGGUGCUUCUUCUAGUAGAGAAAUUUCAUGCCUGGAUAUCCCUUCCAGAUUAAAUGGCGAGUCUUUAAGUUUACAGGGUUCACUGUUGGAACAUAAAGUUGAUUUCGGUCCAGCCACUGAUACACCAGAUUCUGGUCACUGGAUUGUUAUAGACCUUGCAGUUGGUAAUAUAUACGUGACUGAUUUCACAAUCAAACGUCUCUUAGUUGGGAUUGAAAACUCUGAUAACCUCAAACUGUCAAUUACCAUUGGACGAGAAUUUCAGAUAACAUCUUGCAAAGCACAGGGUGGGUUUGUAAUGUUUGAACCAGCUGCGUUGGCUACAUUUUCCCAUUGUGUUGCUUCAUACAACCUUUGCAUAACAGAUACAUGUCACCUUGUAACCUUCUCGGAGGAGCGCACAAUUGAUGAAACUAGAGAUGACAUGGUUAAAUUAAAUGAUUAUCCCAAGCAGGCUACAGAAAGUGCCUUUUGGAAAAUGACGUGGAAUAAGUUGGAGGCGUUAGUUGUGGAUUUCUCUGGAUUUUCUCUUGCAUUGCUUUUCGUCAAUGAGUCUGGUCAGGUUCAAGAGCUAAAAUGUGAUGUUGAUUUUCAUUUCAACCUUAAAAGGGAAAAUACCAAUCAGAAACUUUUGGCCGAACUCUCGCGUUUCUCUGUUUUGUCUAAACUCUUGCUUCAAGUAGAUGAGCAGAUCAACAAAGUCCAGAUUCCUCAUUUUUCUUUGCCACAAUCAAGCAAUUAUCUUUAUCAGGCAAUGGAUGUGGAACCUAAUGCGGUAUACCAACAUAGAGAUGGGAUCAAGUCAGUUGAUGACGAAAACCAUUCAAGUAUGCCUGUUUCUCAAGAGAAAUCUUAUGGAGACAGUUUGCCAUCUGGAGUCCAUUUAAGUCAACAAAACUGUAUCUUAAAAAAGUUGCAUGCUUCUCUCUUCGUUGAAAGGUCUAUGUCAAACGGUGGGAUUGAUUUUCAUUGUCUGAGCCAAGCUUGGAGUGGAACUGGUUCCAUCGAAGGUUUUGACAUUACAGUUUCCCUUCGUGAACUAGAUAUGCUUUUGUCUGCUAUCCAAACAUUGUCUGGUAUUUCUGGUGAAGAGGCUUCUCAAAAGGGUGAAGAAAGGCUCAUAUCUGAGCACCAAGAACGAGAAAGAGUUUCUCCAGAAGAAGUUCCUGAUGGAGCUAUUGUUGCAAUUCAGGAUGUACAUCAGCACAUGUACAUAUCCGUGGAAAUUACAGAGAACAAGUACAAAUUAGCUGGUUCCCUUCAUUAUUCACUUGUAGGAGAAAGGGCCCUGUUCAGGGUUAAGUACACGAACCGAAAGUGGUGGAAUUCAUCAGUUUUGUGGUUCUCUUUAGUUUCGCUAUAUGCUAAGAAUGAUUUGGGGGAACCACUGCGAUUGAAUUAUCAUCCAGGCUCUGGGUUUGUUCAAAUCUCUUGCAGCAAUGACAGUGCGCAGGCACUUUGGAGGGUUCUAUCUUGUAAAUCUGAAAGUUCUGAAACUGAAUCUGGACCAGAUUCAUAUGAUUUUGCAGAACAAAACACAUUUUUCCUCGUGAACAAGAAAAGUGGUUUUCGUGUUGCUUUUGUUGAUAGACUUCCCGAGUUUGUCAGCAAGCCUGGAAAUCCUUUCAAAUGGAAAGUCUUGGAUAAUCUUUCUCUAUCUCGUAAUGUUGGCUUGCCACAUAACUUCUCAAGAGAUGUAUCGGGAUCUUGUGCGCCACAGAAUUUGCUUUCCAAUGUUGAGAUAGCACCUGAAGUCACUGGAAAUCUUACUUGUAUUGACAUUACACUUGCCAAGAUUAAUAUCACACUCAUUCAUGAGCUCCCUGACACGGACACAAAGUUCCCUCUCCUUCAGGGAUCUGUAACUGUUUCUGAUUUUAUUAUACAAGUUUUACUUGAUAAACUGAGGAUCAUAAGUACAUUCAGCUUUGCAUUACUUUUCUUUGACGCACAAAGCAACUUAUGGAGAGAAUUUGUCCUUCCUGCUGAAGUAUGUGUUUUCUAUCGUUCCAUGUUGCAUGUUCCUGCUACCAUAUCGUCCCACAAGGGCACAGACUUUCAGUUUUACAUGAGAUUAAAAGCGUUGGGAAUAUCUAUAACUGAGCUUUCGUUGGACAUACUUCUUUUUGUGAUUGGAAAACUGAAGCUGUCAGGUCCUUAUUCAAUAAAAACCUCCAUGGUUUUCUCCAAUUGCUGCAAGGUUGAAAACCAGUCUGGCUCAGAAGUUCUAUGCCACUUCAGUGAUAAUCAGGAUCUGUUGAUACCCAGAAAACAAGCUGGUACCAUUUUCCUAAGGCACUUAUCACUAGAGGAUCCAACUCCCAAAGCAUCAUAUAUCACAAUUCAACUUGCUGAGCAUGGAGUCUAUUCAACCACUCCAAUUCGUGUCCCACUCUUGGAAGCUAAAACACUUGCUUGGAGAACACGUAUCAUUUCAUCUCAAGAUUCCAGAUCUUAUCCUGGGCCGUUUCUUGUUGUUGAUAUUUCAAGAAAAAUCAAGGAUGGUUUGUCGAUCACCAUUACUCCUCUACUGAGAUUCUAUAAUGAAACUAAAUAUUCUAUGGAGCUCCGUUUUCGACGACCUGAAGAAAAUGUAGCUGAGUCUGUAUUUGCAACCCUUAAGAUGGGAGAAAUGAUUGACGAUUCUGUGGCUGCAUUUGAUGCCAUAAACUUAUCUGGUGGGCUAAAGAAGGCGUUGAUGUCUCUUAGUGUUGGUAAUUUCUUAUUAUCUUUUAGACCUAAAGUUAUGGAUGGCUCCAUAAUUUCUGAACGACCACUUUCAGAAGAGUGGUCAGAUGACCUCAAAGGUGGAAAGGCUGUUAGAAUCUCUGGAUUACUGGAUAAGUUGAGCUACAAAGUUCGAAAAGCUUUUCUUGUGGAGGAUGUGAAAGUUUUCUUCAGUACUACCUUUUGCUCCCUCAAAUAUGAGAAUGGUCGAAGUGUAGAUUUACAUUUUUUGAUUCGGACCAUUGUAAGAAAUGUUCCCGUUAUAAAGCCAGAUGUCUACAGUUAUGGCCCAGGGAGUAGCAACUCUCCUGUUGCAUUACAAGAGCAAAGAGAGAUCUUUCUUCUUCCAACUAUUAAGGUCUCUAAUCUAUUGGAUAUAGAGGUUCAUGUUCUUUUGUCCAAUACAGAUCCAUGUGCUUCUUCUGGAUGUGAUAACAUCGGAAACCAGACAAAUAUUCCUUAUGGAUCAACUGUGGAUCUAUAUGUUGACCUAGCCACAAUUUAUUUUGUUAUCACUUUAACUGCAUUUAAUUCUAGUUGCAAACCUGUGAGUGGUGGGGAUUGGGCUAAAAAGCUGCAGAAGCAAAAAGAUGAUUUAAAUUAUCUGGAUAUUGAUUUAGAUUUUAGUUGCGGAAAGUACUUUGCAUCUUUAAGAUUAGCUCGUGGAGAAAGAGGCACAUUAGAGGCGGCUAUCUGGACCAAAUACAUGUUAAAAAAUGACACUGAACUACCUUUGUUAUGCUGUGCUCAAAAUCAAAGACCUAUUUCUAUGGAAAAACUAUUAGAACCCGGCUUUCAGCUUGCACCAGAACUUGGAUAUUUUCUGCUUCCAAAGUCGACCAGAUCUUGGUUGAUGAAAUGCAAUAAGGUGCGCCUAAAGUUGUUGAAAGAGAAAUCAUCUGAGGUUCUGUUGAACUUAGAUUCUUUAUCAGGGCUGGCAGAACUAGGCUUGGGGGUAGAGGAAAGAUUUGGGGUAAAACGCAUUGCUAAACUUGGGGUGUCUUUGGGACCUGCUAACGGUGAGAUGAAUGUACCAUCACAAGUAAUAUAUUUGGUCCCUCGAUAUGUUAUAUUUAAUGAAUCAAAGGAGGUUAUCACUGUACGCCAGUUCCAUCUACAGGAUGAGAUGGGAGGGACCAUAUCUAUCAACAGUAAACAGAAAAUAGCACUUGAAUUCUUCAGUGAAACAAGUGAACAGAAAGAGAUGACAGUUCUUGAGAAAUUUCUCUUGAGGCACAGAAAUGACCAUGACGACUCCUUGGUAUUUAUUCAGUUUCGGCUUAGUCAGGAUGAAUUGAGUUGGUCUGGACCAAUCUGCGUCUCUUCAAUAGGCCGUUUUUUUCUCAAAUUUAGAAGAUCGGUAAAUUCCACUAACGAUAAGGUAACAACACAUGACAAAUCAGCAGAGUUUGCCUCUGUUCAUGUUGUAGAAGAAGGCUCAACUCUGGCGUUGCAUUUCCAUAAGUCAACGGAUAUCAAUCUGCCUUAUAGGAUCGAGAAUGGUUUGCGGGGAGCUUGCAUAACCUACUACCAAAAGGGUUUAUCUGAGUCAGAUAUUCUGGGAUCAGGAAAUAGCAUCAAUUAUGUCUGGGAUAACUUGACUCUUCCUCGUACUCUGGUUGUCCAAAUAAAUGGUAUGCAUAUAUUACGUGAAAUCAACUUGGACAAGGUGAGAUCAUGGAAGCAAUUUUACAGAUUCGGCCAACAAAGAGGAUUGGGGCUUCAAUGGCCUUUGGAUAGAAGUCCAAGGGAGCAGGAGGGAAUGACUUCUAGAAAUGGAAAAAAUGACGUACAAAUGGUAAAUGUGGGUUAUGAAGUAUAUACAGAUGGCCUUACACGUGUAUUACGGAUUUGCGAGUUUCCUGAUAGUCACAAAGGCGAUUCAGUGUUCUCUAGUGGAAAACUACGACUCAGAAUCUCAUCUCUUGAUGCUCACUUACUUGAACAUGCCAAACAGGAGGUGGAUGUAACUGAGCCAUUUUCAUAUACACCACUUAUGGUUAUGAGACUUGGAAAUAUUAGUUUUGACUAUUUGCUUACCGGGAAAAGCAAGUACAACAGGAUCAGAGUGCAGUCACUCAGUUUGGAUCAGAAGAGGAUUGGAGCCCCUUAUGCAGCAAUCCUUCGUAGGCAUCAGUUUGACCACUAUGACUUUAAUGUUAAUAUGAUCCAAAUAGUGGUCAUCCUACUUUCUUCCAAUUCCAAUGCCAAACUAAUCAAGUAUGCUUCAAUAGUUCUCCAGCCACUUGAUCUGAACCUUGAUGAAGAGACACUUCUUAGACUUGUUCCUUUUUGGAGAAAGUCCCUCGAUAAUAGUCCGAGUCAACCAUAUUACUUUGAUCAUUUUGAAAUACAUCCAAUAAAGAUCAUUGCAAACUUCAUCCCAGGUGAUUCAUCAUAUUCCAGUUAUAGCUCAACCCAGGAAACAUUGAGAUCAUUGGUCCAUAGUGUGAUUAAAAUUCCUGCCAUAAAAAAGAUGCCUGUGGAGCUAAAUGGUGUUUCGGUUAGUCAUGCUUUGCUGACAACUAAAGAAUUGAUUAUCAAGUGUGCACAACAUUAUUCAUGGUAUGCAAUGAGGGCUGUCUACAUUGCCAAAGGAAGCCCUUUACUUCCUCCAGCUUUUGCUUCCAUUUUUGAUGACUCGGCAUCCUCUUCCCUCGAUAUCUUUUUUGAUCCUUCCAGUGGUUCAAUCAGUCUUCCAGGUCUUACCAUAGGCACAUUCAAACUCGUCAGUAAAUGCCUUGAUGGUAAAGGAUUCACAGGGACAAAGCGUUAUCUUGGUGACUUGGGCAAAACUAUGAAAAUGGCUGGUUCAAACAUACUUUUCUCAGCUGUCACUGAAAUAUCAGACUCUGUUUUAAAAGGUGCGGAAGCAAAUGGUUUUAAUGGAUUGUUAAGUGGUUUCCGUCAUGGAAUAUUGAAGUUAGCAAUGGAACCGUCGGUCCUGGGUAGUGCACUACUUAUAGAAGGAGGCCCUGAUAGAAAAGUGAAGCUUGAUAGAAGUCCUGGAGUUGAUGAGUUAUACAUUGAAGGGUACCUUCAAGCUAUGUUAGAUGCCUUAUAUAUACAAGAUUACAUCAGGGUGAGAGUAAUUGAUGACCAGGUUAUGCUUAAAAACCUUCCUCCAAACAGUUCACUUAUAGAAGAGAUCAUGAACCGUGUUAAAAGCUUCCUCAUAAGCAAGGCAUUGUUGAAAGGAGAUACUUAUGCAGCCUCUAGACCUCUGCACCACCAGCGUGGGGACAGUGAAUGGAAAUUCGGGCCAACGAUACUGACCUUGUGUGAACAUCUGUUCGUCAGUUUUGCUAUUCGUGCUCUAAGAAAACAGACAGGUAACGUUGUAACCAGGAUAAAGACCUUGAAGCCGAAAAUCGAGAGGGGUAAUGGGAAAGCAGUUUCAUCCACCGGCAAACAGAAGGUGGCGUUUGUCUGGAAAUGGGGAAUUGGGAAGUUUGUGUUGUCUGGUAUUGUUGCAUAUAUUGAUGGACGGUUAUGUCGAUCUAUCCCAAACCCUUUAGCCAGAAGAAUUGUUAGCGGUUUUGUGUUGAGUUUCCUUGACAAAGAUGACAACAAUGAAUAAUUUUAACAUCGUCAGCUCUCAAUAUCAAUAGUCAAAUAUAUUUUCAUC